AUGCAACGCUUCCUGCGCACCGGGACCUCGCUCCGCCGCUUCAGUUCGCUCCAGGCCAGCGCCAUGAAGCGCGUCGUCGGCUCGCUCCAGAGCAACGUCGACAUUGAGAGCAACACGAGCUUGUGGCUGGGUGCGGCGGCCGUGGACGAGCCGACCAUGUCGAUUUUGGACCCAUCGCCGGGCUUUACGGCCGCGACCGCGCACCGGUCGUUCAACUUGACACAGGACUUUGACCGGCUCCAGAACGGCGAAGCCGUGACCGACUGCGUGUACAUCAACACGCCCGUGGACGCUGACCCGUUUGAGCUCAUCAAGGACAACAUCGUGUCGGUCUCGGCGAGCAUCAAGACAAUCCUUGGCUCGGACCACCCGGUGCUGGAAGCCGUCGCCAAGUACUACACCGACGACUUUUUCGAGAACGACGGCGGCAAGAAGAUCCGCCCGACGAUGAUCCUGCUGUUGGCGCAGGCCGCCGAGGCCGCGCGCGACCCGCUCUCGACCGACAAGUCGCUCGAGUACAUUGCUGCGUCGCAGCAGCGCCUUGCCGAAGUCACGGAGAUGAUCCACACGGCAAGCUUGCUCCAUGACGAUGUGAUUGACGAAGCCGACACGCGCCGCGGCAUGAAGUCGGUCAACAAGGUGUUUGGCUCGAAACUCUCGAUCCUCGCAGGCGACUUUCUCCUUGCACGUUCGUCGAUCUGCCUGGCGCGGCUCCGGAGCUUGGAGGCGGUCGAGCUCAUGUCGACGGCGAUUGAGCAUCUCGUCAAGGGCGAGGUCAUGCAGAUGCGGCACGCCGACAAGAACGGCACGAUCUCGCCGUUCGAGUACUACCUCCGGAAGAACUACUACAAGACGGGGUCGCUCAUGGCCAACAGCUGCCGUGCGGCGCUGAUUCUCGGCGAGCACUCGGCCGACGUGUGCGAGCUUGGCUUUGCGUACGGCCGCCACCUCGGCCUUGCCUUCCAGCUCAUUGACGACGUCUUGGACUACAAGGGCGAAAACACGGGCAAGCCGAUGCUCGCGGACCUCAAGGCGGGCCUCGCGACCGCGCCCGUCCUCCUCGCGCAGGAAGAGUUUCCGGUGCUGAAGGAGCUCGUCGCGCGCAAGUUUAGCACUGCCGGCGACAUUGAACUCGCGGCCGACCUCGUCGAGAAGAGCGUCGGGCUGCAGAAGAGCAAGGACCUCGCGAUCAUCCAGGCCGAGCUCGCGAUCCUCGCCAUCAUGCAGUACCCGCCGUCGCCGGCGCGGGACGCCCUCGUCAAGCUCGCGCAGCUCGUCGUCACGCGUUCCAAGUAA